GGAAAUGUGUGCAUGUCCUUGAUUAUGAAGUAACGUGGAGAGAGAUAAGCUGCAUCUUAUGGUGUAAUUUGUCGCUUAUCCAAUUCAAAGGUAAAUUGCUGUUUCAGCUGUGUAGAAACUAGUAUUUGUCAACAAUUUUGGAAUUAUAUUAUAAAUAGCUUCAUUGCUGUCUUAUCCAGCUAGCUAGUUUAGUGAUCCCAACGUGCGGUAUUGUUCGCGGUUGACUGCCAGACAACCCAGCAGCAACAUAGCUAGCUAGCUAUACAGACUUUUCAAUAUUCAUAUUGAUAUAGCUAUUUUACCUUACCUUGCUGUUGUCUAACAAUGAGUUUAACACAAGCACAUUUAAAUGCUUCGAGAUUCCUUUAAUGAAGGAAUAAAGGAACUGUAAAUAUGACUGUUCUUUGCCCUAUGUUAUUUUUAUGUUUCCCCAGCUAGGCGUGUGUCAACACCAGCCCAGUGACCAUGCCUCUCCACAAGUACCCCCCAAAGAUCUGGGAAGCCCUAAAACUGAAGCAGGGGAUCUAUGCCCGCCUCCCCAAACACUACCUCCGCUCUCUGGAGGAGACCACGCAGCCCACCCCGGUCCACUGGAAGGCCCUGGGAGUCAAGUACAGGGCCAACCCUAAAACAGGGCACAAGGAGCGGGUACAAGACGUCCCCAUCCCCAUCUACUACCCACCAGAGUCCCAGGACGGUCUAUGGGGAGGCGAGGGAUGGAUAUCAGGCUUCAGAUAUGCCAACAAUGACAAAGUGAGUACUAUGUAGGGCAUUAAUGAACAUCAUGAGCAUUUUUUUUUGUUCCCUGUAUUCACAGACACACUUUAUUCUAUAUCUGAGCAUGUAUCCUAACAUUGUCUCUCUCUUCAGCUAUCCAACAGGCUGGAAAGAGUCUGGAAGCCACAACUGUUCACCAGAGAGCUGUACAGCGAGAUCCUCAACCACAAGUUCACCAUCACCGUCACGGCUCGCACCCUAGACCUCAUCGAUGCCGCCUACGGCUUGGACUUCUACAUCCUGAGGGUGAGAGAGGAGGCAGCAUGUUAUCAUCUUUAGCUAUAGUGGGUGAAUAUAUGUACAUUCUCCAACGUGCAGUGUUUUGAGAAGAUGACACUUAACAUGGGUUUCAUCAUCCAAUGACUUGAUUGAUUCUCUUCCAGACACCAAAGGAGGACCUGAACUCCAAGCUAGGAAUGGACCUGAGGCGGGCCAUGCUCUUGAGGCUGGCCUUUAAAGACACCCAGCUCUACCCAGAGGACCCUGCCAAGAGGGAGAAGAUCUACACCAAGUACAAGGUGGGUUCGUUAUGUUUUGGGCCAUGACGUGUUUGAGGUACCAACACACUUUUGUCUUGAGCUUUCAUCAUGUUGCUAUAGGAGAUGAUGCAGCAGUUCAUAAAGUCAGUGAAAGUGCUGCACAAAUUUUGUAGAUAGUUAAAAGAUCUCAUUACAUUAUCUCUCUCCCUCUCCUUCUGUCCUCGCUCUUCUUCCCUUGCCCCCAGCAGCAGUUUGAAAUCCCUGCAGAGGAGGCUGAGUGGGUUGGCCUGAGUGUGGAUGAGGCCGUGGAGAAACAGAGACAACUGGAGCACAAGGUAACUGCAUCGUUUCAGUCACAUGGAACAUAUGGUGUCACUCAGUAAUCACCCUGCCAGAGUAAACAUGCACGGUCGAUAUGGACAGAUUUUUUUUUAUUGUAUCUGCUCUGACCCAUACUCUCUCUGACUGGACUCUAUUCUUUUGUGUCCCAGGAGCCGGAGCCUCUGUUCAAGCGCUGUGUGGAGAACCUGGUGAAGGAGCUGGUCGUCCAGAAACUCUCUGAACCACAGCUGGUGGAGAAGAAGUAAGGGCCAUUUCCUUAGGAGCACUGAGGUCACUUCCUGUUGACGGUGACACUUGGGGACACUUGGUGGUUACUUGGUCCCAUUUAAAGACACUUAUUUAUUCAGGUUCUAUUUUUCAGCAGCUGAUUUGGACCUAUCUCCAUCUGGGUUGUUACCAUUUAAAUAUUCCCCAUUCCUCUGUUUGAUAGUGAGGCUUUCCUUGGUCAGUGCUAUAUCAUUUGUCUAAGGAAUAAAAUAUUCACAUUUCUUAAUCUGUUUUGAUUGACAAUUUCUUAAAGUUAGUGUUGUGGUUAGUUGCACAGUACUGCGCGCUUGAUUCCUAAUCUAGACUGUCAUACUCCAGUUUAUCCUCUAGAUGGAAGUGUUUACCAGUUUUUCAGUAUCAUAAUUUAAGAACAAUAGAAAACAGCCAGGAGCGUCAUUUAUCAAAGGUCCGUGUGCACCAAAAAGUACUCUAAACCUUGCAUGUUGCAGUUUUCCUGCAAAGGUUGGUAUUGAUACAUUUGGAAAUUCACGGGAAAGUGUGCGUAUCGCACGUACAGCUCAGACCAUAUGCAGAAGACACAUUUCGAACAUACAUUUUGUAUUACCAUAUCAUU